AUGACGAAGCACGGCAUUCCUCUCAACACUCUCAAGGAGUGUCUCCAGUUCCUGCUGUGGUUGAAUAGUAGGAAAGAUGUGCAAAAACAGGUGGCCGAUGUGCUGGUUAAUCGUUAUGGAAAUUCUUAUAACCAUAUUUCGUUUACGGGCAAGCUGCCAGCUGAUGUCUCCAAAUUCCUCGAACACGUGUCCACGUUUUAUGAGAAAUUAGUAGCUACACCAAUUAAGGAAAGAUAUAUCGAUCCACAAGCAAAAGAUGUCACCGAAGCCCUCCUCGACUGCAUUCCCAAGUUCCUCGCCGCUUUGUAUUUUUUGCUCUACAACGUGGAUUAUAGAUUCGAUGCAGUGGGAGGAGGGAAGUGGAAGUACAAUUAUCCUGGGUGGGAGCCUACUUGGUCGAGACACUUUUGGCAGAAAGAGUAUGGAGGUGGGCUGCAGGAUUAUCUCAGGGUGUCACUGAGCGAUAAGUACGGUGACCUCAUACCUGGUGGAUUCGGCCCAGAAGAGGUGACGUAUGGUUAUGACUAUGGUUCUCGCUAUGGCUAUCCAUACGGUGAGGAUAUGACUAAGGACAUCGAAAAAAUGCUGGGCAAAAAUACCGACAACAAUUAUUUCCGGGACGUAUUUUUUACAACAGUCAUUUCUAAAUCCGGCUUACAGAAAUCGAACACUGCGAACGUGCUUGCAUUGGUGAAAACGUUUUGCGAGAUUGUCGCUGCGGAGGAAAAGAAACUAAAUGGUGAAAAGUUUAAGACGCAUUUGGAAAAAGGCAUGCAGAACAAACGCAUUUGUUGGCCUAAUUUAGUAGCCCAUUGCUCCAAACUUCAAUCACAACUUGGCAAGUUGUUCAAUGAGAAAGCCUUUUCCUUCACUGGCCAGGCGCGGACUGUCGACCAGCUUAACACUGAGAGAUUUGCGGGGGAGACAGCGGUAUGGUUGCGAAGAAAUUUGCGCAAUGUUAAACAGAAUGUACAACAAAUAAAUAAAAGGUUCCCAGUCGACAACACUCGACAUUUGAAUUAUCUUCAGCAAUUUGCAACCAAAAACAUAUUCCCCUACGGUUUUAUAUUUGGUAAAGACAGAUAUGGAACGCUGGGAGACGCGUGGAAGACGUUGUCAGAUCAUUGGCCCGGUGUCAUAGAUAUGCUUGGCAAAAAUGGUGGCGGCUUAGCGGAGUUAAAAAGAAUUCUGGAUGGUGGACGGUGCCGUCCGCCGGCUCCCCCUCCAAAACCACGACCUAGGCCGGCGCCUGCGCCCAGGCCUUCGAGGACUGCACUACCACCAGGGAUCCCCAGAACUUCGGGUGUAAGGACAACCGGUCCAAGAAAUGUUGGAGGUUGGUUGUCUAGUGGGAGUCAGGGUUCUGGUGCUAGAGGAGGGGGAGGGUCUAACCAUAGAAGAGGGGGCCCAAAUAGGGGAGGAAGAUCGGGGGCUCAGAGAGGCAGAGGACAAGGUCCGGGACCUGGAGGGGCUCGAGGUGCCAGGGGCACACAGAGGAGCAGUAGUCCAGGGCAUACGAUGUCUGCUCAGUCUCCACACUUACAAUCUCAAGAUGAUCUCCAGUCUGGUCCUCCCCCGCCUCCUCCCCCCAGUGCUCCUGGAGGCCUUGGCCACACUGGUCAGUCGAAUGGCACGGUUCAGGGUUCACCGGGCGGUGACGGUCAAGGUGCUCAGCCUGGUGGAUCUCCAGUUACAAGUCCUACUCAGCCUACAAGUGCUUCAGAUUCACAACCUGGACCAACUGGUGGCCAGGGGUCUGGUCGACAUGAUAGUGGAGUGGCUGGGCAAGAUGUUGGUCAAGCCUCCGGUAAAACUCCAAGCAGCGUCGCUACUCCGUCGGAUGCCAUGGCGGCUGGUGCAGGUGGAGGGGGCAGAGAUCCGCAGUCUCAAGUUAUUGAUAAAAAGGAUUCACAAAACUGUCCUGCGGGUGCUACAGAAGUUACCGCAGUUAAUUCUCAAGGUUACAUUUGCUGGCCGCCGCCACCGUCCAUGAAAACUCCUGCCAGAAUCAUACCUUAUGACCAGAGGCCUUCGUCUUUGAUCUUGAAAAAACUGAAUGACCAAGAGUCAAACGCCCUAAAAGAAGAAGAAAAGGAGAAGCACAAACAGCAUGCCAUAAAUGUCGCUUUUGCCAACUCUUUCAACGGGUCGAAAAUAACUCCUCCGGACCCAAUUGAAUACUACUACGGCGGGCUGACAGGGAAUGUUGUGAGAGAUGACUCAGGCGUUAUACGGCAAAAAUCAUUUCUUGAAAAGUCUUUAGAUGCCAGUAAACAAAUAUUCGAGGAGAGCAAAUCAAAACUUCAGGCGCUGGAUAAUGAUAGAAAGCGUUCGAUGUAUUUUGGCGGCGGUGGUGUCGACAUUAGGAUUCCAAAUAAACCGCUUAAUGUGUCCUUUGAAAUCACAAAGCCUCUAGACCGUAAUGCAGACAAAUUUCCGGAUCCAUUACUGACCGCUCUUCACGAUCCAGAAGAAUUCGGCCUUGGAGGGGAAGAAGUGUACGCUGAGGAUUAUCCACUUGUGUCUGGAAUUCAGGAUCUCCGCCAAAAAUUAUACGAAAAACAAAAGGUGGAGGUUGAAAAGCUUAAUAGGGUGCUAGAAGAGGGAGAAGAGAAGAGAAAGGAAGCUGAAGCACAAUAUGCAUUCGACCAGUUUAAAGGUAAAAAUGAUUUUCUUAAAGAUCUUUGGAAAGUUGAAGAUUUCAGAAUCUCUGGUCCGCCGUCGCCCCAAACUGAUGAACAAAAAAUUGAUCUCCGCAUCGACGUCCCCAAGCCCAUUCUUCAAGACCCUGUCCACGACUUUGACUUCGAUGAAGACUCGACGCAUAUAAAUGAUGAUGCACUGUCCAACAGUGUCGCUCCAUACAAACCUGCCAUCUCAUUAAAUGUUCUACCUCCAAAGGCCAAGCAGUUACCGCCGCCAACAACAGACUUCGACAGAAGUAAAAUAAAUCGACAAACUCUACCAAUGUGUAUACCGGAUUGGUCUACUAAGACGCCAACACAUGACGCCACCGACAUCCCCGAGACGGAGCUGUUCCCCUCCGAGGCGCCGCGUACAGUCAGGGAGAUGCUUGUUUGGAUGGCCGGACUGCGACACCCGAGGCACCAAGAGACUCUGAAACUGUGUAUUACUAACGCUUUCAAGCGCGGCGAUGAUGACCCUUCAGAUCUCCGACUCUCAAUCUUAAAACUUGCCGCCGUGUUCGCGUCUUCAGUGCUCAAUUCCAUCGCGCCUAAGUGGAGGAUGGCGGUGCCGUCUGUAACUUCAGCGUCUAAGGACCCUGAUUGCUGCGCCCUCCUCUGCCAGCUGCGGGACUACGUCUACGCCUGCUGCCACCAGUUGGCGUUCUUAAAAUUGCAGUGUUCUCGGGAGCAGUCACAGGGUGGUUGGCAGGAUUGUCAUUAUGGCAGGAAUGUAUCAUCCCCCAACUCCCCUAUCCAGGCCUUCCUGACUGACGCCUCCACAUCCAAGUUCGAGACACAUCCCUUCGACCCGCGCAACAUCUGCCGCAAGAGCCGUGUCAACAUGGGAUUCACAAAGGAGGAUUUGCCUGCAACUCACGAAACUGGCAAGCAUAUUUCCACCAUCCUCUCUCCCACCUGCGGCGGGGAGGAUCCCCUGCUGACUUUGUCCUCCUACCUCAACUGCCUCACCAGGCGGACGCCGCGCACCACCGGGGAGCUUGUUUCUUUCUUCCACAAUUUCGGGAAUGAGAUGCAUUCCUCAUCUUCACAGUUGUCUCCACUGGGCUCCGCCCUCUCCGAGCCACAUGGCCACUGCCCCAAGUGGGACCGUCUAGAGGACGCCGACUUCAAUGCCGUCAAGGGCGUACGGGGCUCCGCCACUCCCAGCUCCAUCCACUCCAAGGACCAUCCCAAGACCCUGUCCACGCUGCUUGGAUGCGGCAUCACCAAUGUGCAGUGCCCACAACUGAUGACGCCCAUCACCUACCGGGCCUACGCCCUCUACUCCCCGAGCUUCGCCCACGACUACCUCAGCUGGGUGGUAUACCUACCCGACAGACUUUGGGAGUCGUUGGACAGACUGAGCAGAGACAUGAAGAAGCAUGAUAGCGUAAAGUGUGCAUCCCUUCAUAACUGCGCCGACGCUCUGCCCCUCCUCUACUCUCACGGGUUCGCGCCACCUUACGGGACUCUGCAGCCGUCACUCACGUGUUCCAAGGUCAUCGCCAAGCUGGGGGAAGUGGUCUCCGGACAGCCUAUCGCAAGCCUCAUGACCGCCAUGGACACAUUUCUCUACGGCAUCCGCAUGCCAUUCCUCUUCUGCCUCGUCACACUCUGGCUCACCGCCACGGUCUACAUCCUCCACUCACUCCUCUACCGCAUGGACGUCCUCCGCAUCCGCUCCCACCUCCUCACCACCAGGGCCUCACACCUCAUCGACGUUAAGGCGCUGCUCGCCGGCAGCCGCAGGAUGCUCUCACUCUACAAGGACGUCGACUACUUCGACGACGACUUCCACUCGUGA